AUGUCAUCAGAACCCAGUCAAGAGCUUACUUUCUACAAAGAUCACACGCUCACUCCCGAUACCAGCCUCGAUGACCCUUACCUCACCACAAUCACCCAUAUUCUGAGCACUUCGCCCAAUUGGCUCAUCAAUUCACUAAUUGAAUGUAAUCUUACUGGAACAUCAUCAACUGUUAAUAAAGAGUUGAAACAACCAUAUACAAAAAGUGUUGUUGUGCUAAGCUUCUUGCACACAAAAGAAUUCUAUGUAAAAAACUGCAAAAAGAGUGGAUUGGACUUGGCCAGAAAUGAUAAAUUUAUAUUCCUUGAUUGUUUUACUGAUUUGUUUUCAGAGCGAAAAAUCAAGAACCCACUUGAUGCUUUGCAGGAUGUGCAAAAAUUACUAGACAUUGAUGUUGUACCACAUAAUGAUACAGUGGUAUUUGUAGAGGCUCCUGAAGUGUUACUUUACUCAACAAACUUGCAAGCUAAUGAUCUUUUGUUCCAAAUAAUGAAAUUGAACAAAAAAGUUUCUCAUCUAUAUCUUAUUUCAUCUAAGGAUUCUCCACAAUUGGUCGAUUACGAGGUCAACGACAUUGCUAACCCAACCUAUAAAAUCACAGAUUUCUUGACAAAAUUGCUAUUCAGAGCAAACUUGAACCUUACUUUGGAACCAUUGGCAACCGGUAGAGCUGAAGAUCUUACAGGAACACUCGUUGUAAGCAAAGGCGCUAGACCCCAUGCAUCAACUGUUGUUAGUGAAAGAGAGUACGUGUACCAUAUAACCAAAGAAGCUGCAGUCAAAGUCUAUUAUCGUUGA